AUGGAACAUGAACAAAUAUCCUCUCGUGUGAACGCAAAUGGAACAAAAAUUCAAGGAUUAUUUGAGGAACUUUUGUACCGUCCCGCCAACCCAGAACAAAUAAAUGUUCCGGAACAUUUAUUUGACGAGAAAAACUUCAAGUUGGUUCAUCGGGAGGAGCUCCUAGUAAAUGGUGGCCUUAUUGUUGCCAAAAUAAUAGGUGGUGAAGCUUCCCUUGACAAUGACCUUUUAUCUCAAAGUCAAAACUUUUCUACUCAAGAUUUUCAAGAUGGUCAGAUUGCCACAAUGGAAGAUGACAAAGAGACUGUCAUUAUUUUAAAUAUUGAAGCUUUGUAUGAUACAAGUGAUGUGCAAUCAAUUGUCACUAUUCCUGAUGAGGAACCAACUAAAUCUACAUCUGGCUGCAAUAAACGAAGAAACUCUGAUGAUGAAAAAACUUUGAAUAAAAUAGCAAAAACUGAACCGGUGAGAAAAAUUAAAAAAACAAAUUUUUCUUCUGAAUAUUUAAAAAUAGCAAAUAAAAAUCUAGAUGUUCAAAUCCGUUCACAAGAGCUACGAAUCAGAGAGGUUAUUGCUUUAGAGCGUAUUUGGGAUGCAAUUGAAAAUGCAUCUAAAGCCCAAGUAGAUGUGUCUAAAGCCCAAGUAGAAUAUUAUAAAUUUUUAAUAAAAAAAUAAAGUGUUCUAUUA